AUGCCAUUUAGAAAAUCUAUGAAGAAAUAUGGUCGUAAGCUGUCGAUAAAUAGCUUUAGGAUGAUUAUACAUGUUUUCGCGUUCGAGGGGAUGCAUAGGGAGGUGUAUGCAUUGCUUUAUGAUAUUGUUUUUUACUUUUACAAGGCUCGUUUUAACUUAUAUGAGAUAUUCCAUCUUUUUAGUGCAAAAGAAUCGGUUUUCGUGGUUGAUAUACUUAUCAAGGUGUUUGCUGCAAAUAGAAUGCAUGAUUGUUCGAUUGAUGUUGUUAAACAGGCAAGGAAAAGUGGGCUUCAUCCAAGUAUAUAUUCAUGUAAUUUUUUGCUGAAAUGUUUGGUGGAAGCUAGUAUGAAGGUGCAUGUUGUAAAUCUGUUUGAAGAAAUGAAAAGCAUAGGGCCAUUGCCUAAUGGAAGGACGUAUACAAUCCUGAUGAACUUUUACUGCAGUUACCAUAUACGUAUAGAAAAAGCCGAGAAGAUUAUGGAAGAAAUGCAGAAAAGACAGAUUAGUCCGUCCGUUGUUACAUAUAGUACAUACAUUAGUGGACUUUGUAGAAUUGGAGAAGCUGAUUUUGCUCUGGACUAUGUUCGGGAUCUGAGAGAUAACAACGAGGCACUAAAUUGUUACUGCUACAAUGCUAUUAUUCACAGAUUUUGCGAUACAGGUGAAGUAAAUAAAGCUUUAAGCAUUUUUGACGAAAUGAAGAAUUUUGGAAUUAUACCAGAUAUCUAUAGCUAUAGCAUUCUAGUUGAUGGAUUAUGCAAAUGCCAGAAUGUCGAGAAAGCUUAA